CCGACCGACUUAAAGUUCUACUGAAGUGAAGACGCAUUCGUGAAACAAUUGGCAUUUCCCGAAUCGUUUCGUCCGCUGUAGUGUUCAUCCUGCUUGAUAUACGCCUGCUAUCGUCUCCUCCUCCUCUUUUGAACGACCUCGAGCAUGAAGCUGGAUACUAGCGGCCUUGAAUCAGCCAGUUUCCUAUCUGGCGCGAGUAAUACUGAGCUACUCGAUGAGUUAUCCACUGCCCCAUCUUUUGAUAUUCCAAAUGCUACUAAUUUUGAUGGAUUUCAGAAAGAGGCUAUCCAGAUGGUAAAGCCAGCAAAGGGGACGACAACUCUGGCCUUCAUUUUCAAGGAAGGAGUCAUGGUUGCUGCAGAUUCCCGAGCGAGCAUGGGAGGAUAUAUAUCAUCUCAAUCUGUGAAGAAGGUCAUUGAAAUAAAUCCGUACAUGCUUGGCACAAUGGCUGGAGGAGCUGCUGAUUGCCAGUUUUGGCACGGAAAUCUUGGAAUUAAGUGUCGCCUACACGAGUUGGCAAACAAGCGCAGAAUUUCAGUUACGGGUGCAUCCAAGUUGCUGGCUAACAUUCUCUACUCUUACCGGGGAAUGGGUCUUUCAGUAGGUACCAUGAUUGCUGGAUGGGAUGAAACUGGUCCUGGACUGUAUUAUGUUGACAGCGAAGGAGGAAGGCUGAAAGGAACUCGAUUUUCAGUUGGAUCUGGUUCGCCUUAUGCUUAUGGCGUCCUUGACAAUGGUUACCGUUAUGAUAUGUUGGUUGAAGAAGCUGCUGAGCUAGCUAGAAGAGCAAUUUAUCAUGCAACAUUCCGGGAUGGAGCCAGUGGCGGAGUUGCUAGUGUUUAUCUUGUUGGACCAAAUGGAUGGAAGAAACUAUCUGGUGACGACGUUGGAGAACUUCACUACAAAUAUUAUCCUGUUGUGCAUGACACGGUUGAACAGGAAAUGGUUGAAGUCGCUGAGUAGAUCUUUUAACAAGUGGAUCCCAGGUUUCACGUUCUCUCUCUCAUAUAUUUGUACAGUUUUUUAAAAAAUAAACAUAUUAAAUAUUAUAAAAAUUCCCUGAGUCAAUGUUACUCCACGUUAGCUGAUAUUAUGUUGAUUCCAUCCCCCUAAUCAUUCUAGCAUAUGAUAACUUGGGAAAGUAUGAGCAGAGAGAGAAAUUCCUAAUCAUUUUCUUAUUCUCUGGAUCUAUAUAUAGAUAAUAAAUGCAAUAAUCUAGAUGAA